AACAAAAAAUAAUUUCUUUAACAAAAUACUAAUUCAUUGUUGUGUGUUGAAUAAAUGUCAGUCAUAAAAUGACCAACGUCCUCUGUACAAACCAACAAAAUAAUUUCCUAAAGUUGUGGACGAUCAUUUGACCAGAGAAACCAAUUGAUUUUUCUCUUUUAGUUAUUUGCAGAAUGUAAUUGAAUGUUGUCAUACUGAAAAGGUUAAUCAGGAUGCAAAAACACACGUUUUCAUAAAAUGAGCAAACCUUCAUGACUGUUGUGUUAAAUACAAAUCAUCUUCAUCAGUCAUUUUCAGCAUUUCCUUAAGUGGAAGUGACAAAAAGCACUGCGCAAGGUGUUGACCUGUCAAAGGAACCCAAUCUUUUCAAUCACUUUUUUCAUCAAAGGAUAUGACUUAGAUAGAGGGGAAGUUUAUCUUCAUAACUGCUUUCACAUGCCUCCUUUAAGAGGUUUGCAACUAUAAAACUGACUUUGUGUGAUUGUUAUUGCAUUACUAAUCAUCAGUCCAUGUCAUAUUUGAAAACUUGAGUGGACUCGGAAUGAAAUACAGAGCAGGUUCUCUGAUGGUGCUGUGUGCCUGGAUGGUGAUUACAAUGCAAAGCUUGCAUGCAGGACAUGCGGCAAAGAAACAUGCUGCUUCUGUUUCAUGCAGCCCGAAAGAGCUGACAGCCCUGACCAAACGUGUAGUUGAAGCGAGCUUGACAGGUUUUGAGAAAGCCAAUGGGGAGCACCUUGGCACUUGGCCUCCUGGCUUCCCUGAGCUCCAGAUCCACCAUGUCCAGGGGUCAAAAGUUCAGUGCAGCCUCCUCUUCAUGUCUCAAGGCCUGAAGGAAGUCCUGGAGGACCAGAGGAACAACCUGAAUCCCAAAGAUGUUUCCCUUCACGAGACGCUCAGGAACGCCAUCUCCAGGGUCGACCUGCUCGCAGAAUGUGCCAAGUAUAUUCUCGGAGGGGAAUGCUCCCCGAACCCACCCCCACCCAAUAUGCCCAAGCACGCGUUUGAGAGGAAGCAGUGGAGUCACACUCUGUUGAAGACAGCCAGGGACUACCUGAACUGGCUGGAGCAUAAGUUUGAGGUCCAAAUUUCAAAGGACAAAGAGAAAAGUAAGAUAAAACGUAAAGCCACUGUGGCAACACAUCAGAAGUACUUUGAGGGGAGUGGAUACCUCUUGUAAUCCAAGUUUGUGAUGCAGAUUACAGUUUAUGGAAGCUUUUCUUUAAUGGUGAAAUAUUUUAUCAAGAUAUUUUUAAUGCUUAUUAUAGUUAUUAGUAAUGUAUACAGCAUGUUAACAUGCAUUUGGGACAUUUGAAAAUUGUGUCCCACUUUUCAUACUUUUGUUUGAAUAAAUGGCUGAAUUUGAUGCAAUUUUCCACAAAUGUUUUACACAUGGCCUUAAGUAGAUGAAAAACCGAUUAAAUCAUGAUUUUAGCAAUUUUAUUUGACUGUUUAUAGAAGUUGUAUGCCAUUUUGGAAAGUAGGCAUAUUUGCUUUUUUGCUGAGAGAUGAGAAGAUCAAUACCACUCAACUUCUAAUUGAAUAUUAAUUGAUCACCUAAUUUGAGGAGGUCGAGGCCCACAUUAAUCUUUGUUACAGAGUUGUUCUCUUGCAUUGCUUUGAUGGGAGUUUGACAGACUUAUCUGCCUUGCUGUGCACUGUCCAUCUGUCCACAAAUUUCAAUACAGUGAUUGGAGUCCAAACUGGUGGCUCUCUGUGAAGGUGAUUCUUAUCAGCUUCUCUUUCUACCUCAGGCAACGUAGCCCGCACACAAGGGAGAGAUGGCCAAAGCCUAACAAUUAAUCAUUGUGAAGGCUGAGAAAACAAACUCGUAAUUAGGAAUUUUAUUAGAGCGCCUUUUAAUUUGCCUCUUUGGCAAGUUGAUUAAUUACAGUCACAUGGGAACGAUGUCAGUUGCUGAAAACUAGCAGGUUUAUUUGAAUAGCCAAUUCGGAUAUAGCUUUCAGAGGAAUAGUUUGACAUUUUGGGAUAUAUACUAAAAUGUUGCUACCUUGCUGAGUUUGAUGAGAAGAUUGAUACAACCCUAUAUUCAAUUAGAAGUUCCAAUGUUUGUGGUUCUGAAUUUUUUUUUAACUAAACAGCUUUUUGAAUGCUC